AUGUCCAGCAAAGUUCCUUCAGAUUGCAUGAAAAUGGACCCCGUUUCCGGUGUACAGAAUCAGGAAUUCUAUGUUGAUAAAGACGGGACGAGUCGAGUCGACUUGAGUUUUGUGGAAGAGCCGCUGGGUCUUCCAGGUUCUGAGGGUUACGGAUGGCCGCAACUCGAGUUUGGGGACAAAAUUGGGCCCGACCUGCGCUAUGAAAUCAAGCGCAAACUAGGGUGGGGUAUGAAUUCUAGUACAUGGCUGGCUUAUGACAUUGGUGUGAAUGAUUAUGUCGCCAUCAAAGCCUUAACGGGGUAUGCCACAGAAUUACGAAGUCGAGGACGUAUCUGGGAGUUGGAGGCUCUUCAGCGCGUGUCAGGAUCUAACAACCAUUGUUUACAUCUCCUUAACGAGUUUACACAUCCAGGAAAGGGUUCUUCAGGGGAACACUCUUGCUUUGUCACACCUGUAUAUGGUGGAGACGUCAAAACACUAUGGGCACAGCACAAGAACUUUCCGCUUCCCCUUGCGAAACGAAUGCUCCUUCACACCCUUCGUGGAAUUGCACAUGCGCACAGUAAAGGCGUCAUCCAUACUGAUCUCAAGCACGACAAUAUAUUCUUCUCUUCGCUAUUGUCUCGUCAAGAUAUAGAUGCCACUCUAGUAUCUAAUCCUCCACGUCGAAAUCCUCCUGAGGCUUCCAUGGAUGGUGCCGUAUGCUCUGCGGUCACUCAACCCCUACCUCCCCCAAGCUUGGAUGAUGCAAUGAAGUGUGAGUACUUGAUCGCUGAUUUUGGGAGUGCCCAACUCUUUGAUAAACCUAAGGAGCUUGAAGUCACAUCAGCUCCCUUGAGAGCACCCGAGGUUCUUCUGCUUGGAUCUUGGAAUGAAAAGGUGGAAAUAUGGACAUUUGGUUGCCUGAUCUUUGAAUUUGUCGUAGGACGGUCUUUAUUCCGACAUGAGAGUUUCAGAGACCCGGUUAAAGAUAUUACGUUGGACAAUGUCGCCUAUCACCUUUAUCAGAUGGCGUGUUUUCUUGGUGAGGUAGAUUUUCCUCCAGAGGUGUUGCAGUACAGUAGACUUGCAUCAACAUAUUUCAACACUGAUUGCACUUUCAAACAUGCUCUUCCUCUGCUAUUGUUUUCCAUAAGAGGGCAAAUUAACAGCACUAAAAAGUUCAGUCCAGAGGAUGUGAAGAGCACGAAUGAGAUUGUGAAACGGUGUCUCGAGCUCAAUCCGGCCGAUAGGCCAACAGCCGCUGAGCUAUUGAACGAUCCUUGGUUCCUCGGUGUAGAAUGA